UCCUCCUCACUCACACACGGACACAUCUUUGUAACAGCAGCGUGGUCGCAUGUUCACUUAGGUGUAGAGAAGAAGUGAAGAAGAGUUUCCAUCAUGGCGUCCUUCGUGUCGGAAGAGAGUCUGUCCUCCCCUCUUGCUGCUCGAUCUCUCCCCCAGCAGGAGCUCUCCUCUCUGGGUGUCGACCCGUCUGACUUCAGCCUGUACAGUCCUCAGGCUGCUCAUGAGUCCGGCCUUUGUGCGGCCCCGUGGACCUUAAACGACCACAGUGAGCCCUACCUCUGCUUCAAUAUCCCCACCCCAAGACCCGCCCCCUCAGGACUCCCCUCUGUGUUUGGAGGCUUCUUUCCUCCCCUGCACCCCGGCAGCCCCUGGUUCUCCCUGUCGACUCCAGAUGAAGUUCUGCGACUGGUCCGCCCGCCCUACUCUUACUCAGCCCUCAUCGCCAUGGCCAUACAGAGUGCGUCCGAGCAGCGGCUGACGCUCAGUCAGAUCUACCAGUACGUCUCCGACAACUUCCCCUUCUACAGCCGCAACAAGGCCGGCUGGCAGAACUCCAUCCGCCACAACCUGUCACUCAACGACUGCUUCCGGAAGGUUCCCCGGGACGAAACCGACCCAGGUAAAGGUAACUACUGGACUCUGGAUCCAAACUGUGAGAAGUCGUUUGACAACGGAAACUUUCGCCGAAAGAGAAAGAGGAAGGCUGACAACAUGACCACUGAAGAGAAACCCUCUUCCUCCCCCUCCGCCUCCCCCUCGUCUCUCUCUGAAUCCUCCUCCUCAGAACCCAGCCCUAAAAUUCCCAGCAGGCACUGCAGCAGCGGUGACUUUCCUGCGUUCUCAAGCUGCCCCCCCGACAUCAACAGCUUCCUGUGUCACCUCCAGGACUCCUUCCCAUCUCCUCAUCCCCCUCCUCACACAGACUCCCCCUCCCUGUACAUGCAGGUACCGAACCACGCCUCCCCCCCUCCUCCUCCUCAGGGAUACGUCUCCUCUUACUCGCCGGGUGCUGUGGUGCCUCAGUGGGACUCCUGCAGCUCCUCUCCUCCUCUCUACUCCUCCCCAUCUCCUCCUCUCUUCACCUCCUCCCAGUUGACCCAGUCACACUUCCCCUCCCUUGGUGACCCUCACCCCGGCUCUCCCCCGCUCUAUACCGACCUGCAGACGGCGUCUUGCCUCCUGCCGGAGCUCCAGGAAGCCCAGCAGCUUCUUCAGGCCCAUUGUGAGACUUUGUUCUCAGGUGGCUUCUCUGACACUCUGCCCCUCGACCCUCUGGUUCUCCAGCAGUGACACACCUGAUGUGACACCUGAUGUUUCGCCUGUUUACACUAAGAACUGAUAUAAAUCAUUCAGGUGGAUGUUUGAAAUAUGCACUGAGCUGUAAUGUGUUUGAAUGUUUGUAUUUAUCGUUUUUUAUUUCUUCUAAAUGUUCAAAUUAAAAUUGAAUGUUUUAAAGUGUUUAUAUGAACUUGAUGUUUGUGUUUGGAAUUA